AUGCCUGACAUCGAAAAGGCCUAUUUCGCUCUCGCAUGCUUCUGGAAGCCCGACGCUCAGUUCGGAUGUCGUCCGGAAGUUCUCAGAACCAGGGUAGGAUAUUGUGGGGGUUCGGGACCAGCGCCCAACUAUCCCAGAGUAGGAGACCACACGGAAGCAGUUGAAAUACAGUAUGAUCCUUCGUUGAUUUCUUAUGAGAACCUCCUCAAUCUGUUCUGGGAAUUCCACGACCCAUGCAGCUGUCAAAAGCGUCAGUACAUGUCUGCUAUAUUUUACACGAACAAUUUACAGAAGGCAUUAGCUGAAGAAAGCAAACGACAAAAAGAAGGCGAACUGGGGAAAUCUAUCGCUACAGAAAUAUUACCUCUCAAUGUUUUUUACGAGGGAGAAGAUUAUCAUCAAAAAUACAUUUUGAGAACCUACCACCGCAGGUUUUACAACAGCCUACCAUCUGAAGAUCCUGUGACGUCAACGCGUGACGCAAAACUAAAUGGGUUCCUAUCUGGCCAUGGAACAUUGCAGGAGUUCGAGACACAAGUGGAACAACUAAACCUUAGUGAUGAUCAAGUUGAAUACGUGAAACAACAUAUCACUAAGAAAUUAGCACCUGCAACAGUAGAACCUUUCAUUCGAACUGUAAUCAUAGUAAUGUGGAACUAUGUGAAGAAACUUUUCGGAUAUUGAAGUUGAAUGUUGGAAGCAACUGUCAGAACAUCACGGGCGAUAAUUAGAUGCAUUCCAUAUAAUAGAAAAUAAAUGGGGUCAUUUUAUUUCCUCAUGUGCUUAUCACUGCCGUGAAGGUAUUUGCCCAUUCAAAACUUGAUGGUCAUUUUUGUGAAAUGGCACCUAGUAGAUACGCCAUCGUUGUCCCUUGUGCAGAUCUACUAUAACUGGUUGAGCCGUCGAGAGAUGGCGUCACUACUCAUCUCCAAUUUUACAGUUUGGAUAUGAGGUUGCUGGGGAAAGGAAGCGUAGAAUUCCUUACAUCAUUAUUUUUAGUAAAUCAAGUAUUUAAUUCAGUAGUUUCCGAACAUUUUAAUUGUAGCUUAUAAACUCAUACCUGUACCCUUUAAUCUUAAACAUGUGUCUCCCUUUCUUCUCAUACAAAAUGUUUUCCCUUCCUGUUCAAUUUUCAUAAUUAUGUAAUUUCCUGAGUAUUAUCCUGAUGAUAAAAUUUGUUUCGUGGGUAGAAAAGUCUACAAUAUUUUAUGUGAAAUAGUUUUUCGAAAUUAAAACAUUUUAUUUAUCAUUGUAUGUAAUAUCAGUAUUGAUAGUUUUACUACAUUAGCAAAUCGUACGAAACUGCAGCAAAAUAGAUGCUCAAAAUACAAAAUUUGUGAACUAUCAAUACAAAAUCAAUGUGACGAGACGACAAGUUUUUUUUUUUUUUUUUUUUUUUCGAAAAUUGUUUUAUACCGGGAUGUUAUUGCAAAGAAAUCGCUGUUUUUAGCGCAGCGCGAGCGCUUGAACCUGAAUGCCGCAGCGAUUGCCUGUUAUUAUUUUCUGUCACUUUUUUUAAAAUUUGUUUAAAAAAUUUUGUAAUAGCUGCGUUCCCAAUAAUUUUUUGCCCCCUAGGGAGGGGCGACCUGCAGAUUCGAUACCAUCGACUUAAUUGCUCGAUUGAAACAUCUUCAGUUAAGGAAAGUUCAAUGCGAAACAUGCCAUCAUACUAAAACUAUGGAACAAAUGUCAUUUGAAUUUGCUAGCUCAGUUUUAUCGGAUCUCUAUUGGCUUUUUCUCAGUGAAAACUUUUCAUAUUUCUUUUGCUUUUGUGUUUUCUAGCAAUUUGGACAGUAGCGCGAAAAACCUGAAUUUCAUCAGAAGUUUUAUUCUUUUAAAUUACAAAAAGUAUGUAAUUUCAAUUACAAAUUAUCAUUUGGAAUUAAAACUAACAUAAAUGAACAAAAUUGUUAAGUGAAUAAUAUUCUGCAAGCACAUAAUUAGUAACAUAUAUAUAUUGUACACAUAUAUAUUAUUCCUAUUAGUUUUGAUGCUAUCGCCAAAUUUUGGGUACUAAUCCAUUCAUUCUAUAUCGACAAAGUGAAAAAGUAUUAUCAUUAGAGCCUAGUCUGUGGCGGCAAGAAAUGUGUUGACGGUUUAAAAAACUGCCAACAAUAAGUUCUCAGUUACCGAGAUGUUUCCAAAUUUUGCCAGUUUUCUUUUGCUAGAUUAGAGUAUGUAGCUUAGACUAAGUUAGUGAAAUAACUUUGUAAAUUAUUUCCAUAGUCGAAGUUAUCGGUCUAAAUCUACACCACUUAAAGGGCUUAUUGUAAGUUUUUUUUUUUUUUUUUUAAAUAUUUGGAUGAAGUAAUGUUGUAAAUAAAUGUGUACUUAUUUUGCAAUGUCUUCUGCUUACUUGUUUCAGAGUCCUGUAAAUAUGGAUUGAAUAAACAUAAUA